UUUCGGUACACGGACAGACAGUGCUUUUAUUGGUGAACGCAUGCUGCGAUAGUGGGGAAAAUUUAAUUCGUCACAGGGAAAAUUGCCAUCGAUAGUGAAUCUAAUUAGGAAAAUUGUGACACGAAAUGUCUAAAUUAUUUUUGGACUAGCUAGCAGUGCCACUAGGUUCAUUGUUUCGAGUGGAAAAGCAAAACGUGUUCUGGGCUGCACGAGUUUCUUGAAAGAUCGACCAGAAGUUAAUCACCCAACCAGUACAGGUUACACGGAAAAUUGUUGCUGUGUAUAUGAGAAACUGUCUCAGUGUGCGUGCAAGACGGCUGACGACGACGUUUUGUGAAGUCAGGACCGAAGCAAACGGGAAAAAGAGGAUUAAAAAUUUGCCUUCUGGAAGUGUGAAUCGUCUGCUGAGUGGAAAAAUCGCCGUAUUUCAUGUAAUUGGACCAUGUCGACGCUGCACUUCGUGGUACAUCCGCUUCCGGGUACGGAGGACCAGCUGAACGACAGAAUCCGUGAGGUGGCAGAUAAAAUCAACAAAUAUGGAGUUCAAACGCUUCCUGCCCUACAGUCGCUCAAAGUUCCAGUCAAACAGAUUGUGGUCGGCCCAGCUCACCUCGGGGUGCUGUUGGAAGAUGGUCGGGCCUUCCGAGUUGCGUUCUCGAUUAUACCGGAACGGCUGGACCUGAGCAAGCAGGACCCGAACAAGGCCAGUGGCAGUACCGGAACCACGGCCAGUCAAUCAAAUAACAAUUCGAAAAAUUCACCAGCCUCCAGGCAAUGCCGCUCGCGGGCCCGUAUUAUGCGUACUAGCAGCUCCGUGCGUGGAGGCAGCAGCUCCCAAGGAUCCGGCUCGCGUAGCACCGGUGUUAUUAUGGGAGGCAGUGGGUCCGGAAGCCGGUCGCUAGUAUCAGUACCGGCUCCGUUCGUUCCGGAGGAAUUGGUUACCCAGGCACAGGUUGUGCUGCAAGGGAAGAGUCGUAAUUUGAUUAUCAGAGAAUUACAACGAACCAAUCUGGACGUGAAUCUAGCGGUUAAUAAUUUACUUUCGCGUGACGAUGAAGGUGGAGAAGAUACCGAAGAAGGAAGUGACAAUUACGUGGCAGAAGAUUUGAUUUCGCUUCUGGAUGGAGGGUUCCAUGCCGACAACAGUGUCAUUAUCGAUGCCGAAGCAAUGUUCUCGGAGGACAUGUUUGGCUUCAGUAACAUUCGGAAUUUGAUGUUAUACAGUCGUGCUCGCAGCGAACGGAAUCAGAACAGUUCUUCGUCGGCCGCUGCUGCCGGUAAUAGUGCAGGCGGUACAGGAAGUGCUGCUGCCGGUGCGAUCGGCUCAGGAGUCCCGAGUGGUUCUGCUGGGGGUGCAAAUGACGUUGGAUCGGGAUCCAGCCGUCAGAGCAGUGCAAAUGUUGCUACAGGAGUGAGUGUUUCAGCCGGGAGUGCCGGUGGUGUUCCAGUUGGCAGUGUAGGAGGAUCGGCGGUCAACGCUGGUAAUUCUGCUAGUGCCAGUGGAGCUGCUGCCGGUUUAAGUAGCGCUGAUCGUGAAGGCUUUGGGCGUUGGCGCGAUCGGCAAUAUUUUGGACCUCGACGCUGGUUCCAAAGUGGCCGUGAAGAAGGAUGGGAUAAAGAAAGCGCCAAACUUUACUUCACUCUAGAUCCGAAGAAAAAAGACUACAGCUCCGGAUAUCCUUUGUGGGUUUCUGACGAGUUAGAGGCAUGGCCGGAGAAAGAUCAGCCUAUUCGUUUCACACAGAUUGCGUCGUUGUAUUCGGAGUUUAUAGGAGUCACCAGUAAAGGAGAAUUGCAUCAGUGGCGUUGGGCGGAUGUAGAACCUUACCGAAGUUGUGAAUCAGCUAAUAUUUUCCACCCUAAGACAGUUCCCCUAAAUUUGAUGUAUGAAAAAGUUACUCACAUAUCGGCAACAUCAAUACGUUGUUCGGUUUCCACGGAAAGUGGAAGAAUUGCUACUUGGAUGGACGAACUUUUGGGUUAUGCUGGAGGCAAACUAGAACAUGCAGCUACAAACUACCCUGAGUUUGCUUUGGAUAAAAUAGUUUCAUUGCAUACUUGUACGCUGUAUACAGUAGCACGAACUGAAAGCGGGGAAUUGUUCUGGUGGGGAGUUCUACCAUUCGGGCAACGAAAACGUCUAUGGGAUAAAUAUAAAGCGAAAGCUAAAAAACCGGUUCGACCUAGCGUUAAUACGCCGGAAGUGACUGUCGGUGCACAAGUGUGCAUGAAAAAUAGUCCAAUGUAUCAACAUGGAGCUAUUGGAUUCACCAUUUCGAAUGGAAUCCCUAAAGUUGGUCAACUGUUGAAUGCUGCAUGGGAUCUUACCAAUGUAUGUCGCUUCAAACUCCUCUCGAUGUCAACGCUUUCACAACAACUCGGUCUUGUAUCAGCAUCUGCCAAUAACAAUCCGGGAACAACAACACCGCAACCACUGGAAUUGAAAGAAAAAUCUACGAGUGGAAGCGGUGCUAGUAGUUCUAAGCAAAGUUCUUCUGGUAGUAACAAGGAAACUGCUGAUCGUUUGGAUAUGCCACCACCUCCUUCGCCGGCUUCCAGUACAUGCAGCGAUACGGGCAGCGUCAGUAAUUCUCACAAACGGCAGAAACGUGUGGCUCCGAAGGAGGAUAUGGACUCUAAGAAAGACGAAGAACAGUGGCUGCUAAAAGAUGUCAUUUUUGUCGAAGAUGUGCGGUCGGUUCCAAUCGGAAGAGUUUUGAAGGUUGAUGGUGACUACGCAGCGGUUAAAUUUCCUUCAUUGCUUUCAACGGGCAGCUCAAGCAAUUCAUCUACCGGUUCCGGAAGUAGCAGCAAGGACAAGUUCGACGAUAGCAUCGAAGCCUGGCAAGAUUGCCGUUUGUUACGUAAAGACGAUCUUCAGGUGAUCAAAUCGGCUACCACUUCUCGUGUUCCGGAUUGCUUCCAAAAGAUUCCUAGAAGAAUCGUGUUGAAUCCACAUUUGCCGAAUGGAGAAUCUGGUUCUCAACUGCUAACUAUUGCUGUUGAUUCGAAGGGUAUUCACGCCAUCAUGAAAACGGGAACCAAGCUGCAUUAUUGCUUGUUUAAUUUGAACACCGGCCGUCAGGAACAGGAUAGUGUUUUCCCGACCGAUAUUGCUUCAUUUUUAGGCGCAUCUGCUUCGAAUGUAUCACUCACCUGUGCUGGAGAUUGUGCUGAUAGUGUGCUGCUUCUACGAGAUGGCAACAACACUAUCUAUCCCAUGGGUAAGGACUGCGUUGACGCUAUCAGAGACCCUAGUUGGCUGGAUUUGCCUCCUAUCAAGUGCAUCGCUGCUGCUUCUCUGACGCUUCCCUCGGUUGGAGUUAACUUGAAAUCCCAGGUGGCACUGGUAGUUCUAGCUCCAGAGCAACAAAUGCUGAUGUCAAGGAUUCUACGGUGUGACAUCGAAGGCGUACGUCAUAUGUUGAGCCAAUUUGAAGGUGAAACGAAAAAUCAAUUGUUAUCGGUAAUAGCGGAGCACACAGAUGGCAAUAGAAAUAUCAUCCACGCGUGCAUUAGCAUGUGUUCUCCUACAUCUAAUAAAGAUUCGGAUCACGAUCCUCUAACACAAGGUGGUAGUUCAGGUUCGGGAUCAAACGCCAACAGCGGUUCAGGUACUUCGGCAAAUAAUUCCGCUGGACUAGAGUGUAUAAACGUGAUUACUAAUACCAUGAUGGGAAAUCGCCCCGUUAGUAUUCGAGAAAUCAUGCGCAGAAGUGUGAACCGUGAGAUUGAUGGGUCUAACUCGAACAGUGCUCCACUACCUCCUGGUAGUGAUGAAGGUCCGGGCGGAUCAUUGCCCGUAGUCUACUGGCCACCAGAGUAUGAUCCAACUAGUGGAGAUGAAGACAGUUUGAGUGGAUUGAAUGUUCCAUCAACACAUAAAUCGCUAAAUGAAACUUACAUUUCUGACCCGAAUGAACGUCGAGCAAAUGCUUUACAAAUAAUUCAAUUGCUUUGCGAAAGUCCGGUGUUGCAACCUUAUCUGCGUCAGCUGUUAAGUGCUAAAGAUGCCCAAGGACAAACUCCUUUCAUGCUUUCAGUAACUUGUCGUGCUUAUCAGGCUGGCAUUAUUGUGUUCAAUGCUGUUCAAAAAAUUUCCAAUGGAGAUUCAAGCAUUCGCGAUAGCAUGAUUUUCCCUCCUGGAAGUGCACCCGACCAGUCACCACUAGGCAUACUUUGCUGCAAUGACACCUGUUCGUUCACUUGGACCGGUGCAGAUCAUAUUAAUCAAGAUAUUUUCGAAUGUCGCACAUGUGGUCUCACCGGAUCUCUGUGUUGUUGCACCGAGUGCGCCAAGGUUUGUCAUAAAGGACACGACUGUAAACUUAAACGAACCUCGCCGACGGCAUAUUGUGAUUGCUGGGAAAAGUGCAAGUGCAAAGCAUUGAUUGCUGGAAAUCAAACUAAACGCUACGAAUUGCUUUGCAAGAUGGCAACCGAUACAGAUUUGGUUACAAGAUUUAAUUCCCGUGGGGAAUCGAUAUUACUGUUCUUGAUUCAAACCGUUGGACGUCAAAUGGUAGAACAAAGACAGUAUCGUGCGACUUCGCGUGUUCGAAACUCAUCCGGCAAUGCCAGAAAGACUCCGUCGCUGGAAGCCGACAGUGAAAUGCCAGAACAUGAUUUGGAGCCGCCUCGUUUUGCUAGAAAGGCCCUUGAUCGCCUCUUGAAUGAUUGGCCCGCAGUCCGAUCGAUGAUCAUGACCGGUUCCGAGCAAGAGAAACCUAUUGUCCCGAAUCCAUCACAACCGUUUUAUGACGAUGAUAAUCAACAGAUCUAUUUGCAGUCGCAAAGUGGUACAACUUUGUUGGAUAAAUUCACCCAUAGUUUAAUAGUGCGCUGCAACAAUGACCCGCUCGAGAAGCUCUUGGUAACGUUGGUUAAUGAGUUACAAAACGAAACUAUUUCCGGAAGGAUGGAGGAGGCUCAGAAGGUCGCUAGAAGAUUUGUUCGCUCAGUGGCUCGGGUGUUUGUUAUCUUCAGCAUCGAGCGUGUUCACAAUCCGGAAAAGACACGCAAUUCAACUACCCAAGCCAAACAUCUUCAAGCGUAUCGACGCGUUUUUACGACAUUGUUUAAAUUUGCCAUUGAAGAAUUGAUCGAAAUUUCUGAUGCCCUGAUUACGCCUGUUCGUUUGGGCGUAGUCAAACCAACCGCGCCAUUCCAGUUGGGAUCUAAUAGCGUUGAUAGCACGGAUGAUUUGUUUUCGGUGGAACCAUUGGCACCGCCGACGAAUCGUACCACCACUAUAGCGGACAUUGUCACCGGAAGCAGUCGGGGAGAAGGUAUCGAAACGGAAAGAAGUUCAAAUUCAGGUUUUAUGUCACGCAUAAACCUCCGUUUACGAGAUAUCGAAGAUAACAACGAUACGGAUGCAAUGGUUCAAGACGACGGUGAAACAUCGGAACAAGAGGAGAUGUCGGAACGUGAGCAGCCGCCACCUCGUAGAAGUUCUGGUGCUCGUACAAAUUCGAAUCCAGUUGCAAUUAAUGCUAGUGAAGAGGAAUCUCAGGAUCCCUUGAGGAACGAGGAAGCUGCUCAAGGUGAAAGUGACACCGAGUUCAAUUUCCACGAAGCAGAGACCGAAUCGGAUUCAGAUGACAACCAAAGCACACAAGAUGCCCAACGAAGCGUUCAAACUGGAGCGACUGCAGGGUCCGAUACAGGUCUUGGAAUGUUGUUCAACGACGAAGAUGAUUCUGGCGACUCGAGCCAACCAGAUGAUGAAGGUUCUGAGGAUGGCGAAAGUGAUGAUCAUUCACAUGAGGACUUCAGUCUCGGUGAUGAACAAUUAGAACGUCGACAACCGUCCGGAGGUAAUCAGCGAACAAAUUUGGCUCCUCAGUCCAUGCAAUGGGCUAUCCGUAGCCGUGAAACAACUGGUCCGGAAAGGGUUCGCCUCACAACGGGUGGCUCAAACCUAGUUUUCAUCGACCCUAACGCUCUACGCAGAACAACUGCUGCAAGUGCCGCUGUAACAGCUGCUCAACAACAGGAAUCACCUACAAUGACUACAACCGCAGGUGCUUUGGCACGCGCUUUUGGCAUUGUAUUGCGCCAAAUAUCGGAUUUGAUCGGCAUGUUGCCGACCAGCUUCACGGGUGCUUCAUCAGCCUUGGACGUUACUCAUCAGGAAGCGGUUCAAUUACAAAUGUAUGUUGAAAAACGCCUAAAACCGACAUGGGAUUGGAUUUUAACUGUUAUGGAAGCUACUGAGGCUCAAUUGCGUUUUGGUGCUUCUCUGACAGAUUCUACCGACCCGACGCAUCCGUUACAUCCACUUAAUACGCUCAGUGCAUCAACCACCAAUAAUACACCAGCCACUACGGGAGGUGUCAUGGGAGUUCUCGCAGGCAAUCGAAACCGAACUACGGCCAUCAGCACUCUCGGCGCAACCACCGCGCGCAGUCUCGGAUUUAGCGAAAGUAGCAAUAACGAGCGAAAUUCGCGCGAUGGUGCCUCUUCUACUGAUUCAACAUCCAGCCGCAGGGAUUUCUUGACGUACUGUUUAUCUCUAAUGAGAGCACACAACUCUGAGCAUCGUGAUUUUCUGCCAGUGUUGGAUGUUACAGCACUGCGUCACGUAGCUUACGUUCUGGAUGCUAUUCUUUUCUAUAUGCGUGCUACUAACGAUUGUGACAUUGAUCGAACCACAACCGGAUCCAACGUAUGGGACGAUCAGGAUGAAAAUGAAAAUGAAGAAACCGAAGAAGAUAUUUCGACAGCUAUCGUAAUGGAUACUGAUUCGGUUGACGAAGAUCUUAUGCGACCGUCGCUGGGAAGGCGACAUUCAUUUUUCCAACGGUCAGAUUCCACACUUUGUUUGGGAUGUCCGGCUCCAGAUCCAUUUAAUACAGCCUUGGUCGAUGCUUUGCCGCUGGCAGAUCAACCACAUUUACUACAGCCUAAUGCCCGUCGUGAAGAUCUUUUUGGAAUGCCUAAGCGUCCAAUUACGUUAUCACCUAACACGCAACAACCGGGUGAGAGUAAUGUUAAUCUUGAAGUGCCUCCAGUUCGAUUGAGCUUGUCUUCAAGUAUCAGAAGGGAUGAGGAUACACCCAUACCAUCCAAUGUGGAAACGGUCGCUAUGGAAAUCUACGAUGAAUCUUCUCAAGAAAAUAAACCAAAUACAUCCGGUGGGACUGUUGAAAUUUCCAUCCCGGUUAGUAUCUAUCAAGAUUCCAAACAACACAAAACUACGAUAGUGGUCAAUGAAAAGGGGGAACCUAUAACCCCAAUAAAAGAAAUAACGGUCACUUCAGAAGUCGACCCAAAACCAGGACCUUCUGGUGAACAAUCUCAAUCGCCGAAACCUCCACCACCUCCACCGCCUGUAGCCGGACCCAGCGCUACGGGCGAUGUCUAUUACAAGAAAAAUCGCCUGUUUUACAAUAAAUACAACGAAGAAUCAGACGUUGACGUAGACGAAAUUAGCAUUAGUUCGGAGGAACCUCAGGAUCUAUCUCAAUGUUCGUUGAAACUCGAUGUGGAUACGGACCAAGACCACGAUGAAUUAUCGGAAUCAGAUUCAGAAGACUCCAGACAAAUCAUCAAGCGUCAAAAAAUGGACGAAUCUGUUGAUCAUGCCGAGGAAUCAGUUGCCAUGGGCCAACAGGAGUCUUCGACCUCAACCAUUCGGCCACCAAUAAUCGUUACCCGUCGUAAGGUUUCCAUCGAAGCUGCUCAACAGCAAGGAGUUGCUGUUGAAACAGCUGGUCCUUCGUCUGCUAACUCGAUGAUCGAUCAACAAGGAACAAUCACUUCAUUUGUAACCUAUACAACAACUGGAAAUCAAGUAACAGUGGCUACUACAGGAUCCGGUACAGUGAUGACGGCAAGUGGGUCACCUGGCAAGAGUGUGAUAGUUAGAGCUGGUCCAUCGUCGACCUUCUCACCAUCAGCCAGUACCAGCACGGAAGUAAUUCAGCAUGCUGAAGCCAUGGACCUUCAAGAGAUCUCCGCUCACGUGACAGUCGAAACGACUCCUAACGUGCAACAAACGGUACAACCGGAAUUGCCUCCACGUGGUAUUUAUUUGCGCUCAGGUAAUCAAACAUCGCUGAACUCGUCUAUCCUGUCCGAUAUCCUACUCGGGCGAUGGAGGUUGUCGUUGAUAAUGUUUGGACGGGUGUUUCUGGAAGACGUCGGCGGAGAACCAGGCAGUGUCAUUUAUGAACUGAACGGAUUUCCAGUAAAAGAGGCUAAAUUCAGACGAUACAUGGAAAAGCUACGCAAUGCCCAACAGAAGGAUCUCACUUUAGCUAAGAUGGAACGAAACAGGGCAGCGCUGUUGACCCAGACUUUCAAGGAAUUAAACACACAAUACAACAAUCGACGGCUUCAAUCUCCAUUAGCCUUUAGUCGGGUGAAAGUAACAUUUAAAGAUGAGCCAGGAGAAGGUUCCGGCGUAGCUAGAAGUUUCUACACGGCUAUUGCCGAAGCUCUAUUGGCAAAUGAAAAGUUACCUAAUCUGGACGCUGCACAAACGGGUUCGGCUAAGUACACAUCAGUUCCUUUCAACAGUAUGCUGCAAAGACACCGUGGCUCAAGUGGCACUAGCGGUGGUAGCUCGUCUGUGCAAGUUGGAGGAAGCAGUGGUAGCUCAAGUCGGGACUCCAAUGCUCGUAGAGGAUUAUCCAGCAAACAACCGCUGUGGCGCCCAAAUCGCGAGUCUCGAAAAACACUCAAUUAUGACGCUAGACCAUUCCGACCGGCAAGCGAACAAGGACAAAGUGCAUCCGGAAGCGGUAACGUUGGUGGAAACAACAGUCCUCCAUAUUUGCAUCUAAAUGAUGGAUUACCAGUUCAUCAGCAACAACUCGGAGAACGUCUUUAUCCAAAGGUACAGGCACUUUAUCCAAACAAUGCUCCCAAAAUCACGGGAAUGUUGUUAGAUCUACCAGCGACACAAAUUUUGAUGCUGUUGGCUUCUGAAGAAAGUCUCAGACAAAAAGCAAAUGAGGCACUCGAAAUUAUUCUCAGCAGACAAAGGAUAGAAAUCGAUAGUCUAGUGGCGGCGGGUGUUUCCGGAUCUUCUUCGGCGGGAUCAUCCAACAAUGUGGCUGGCGAUCAACAGGUCGGUGGAGGAUCCGGCAUCUCGAAGAAAAGUGGUCCUGUUCUGAUUUUGGAAGAUUGCCAGCUAGAUGCACCAUUGUUUUAUUCGCCCGGAAAACGCGGAUUCUACAGUCCACGUCAGGGGUACCCUUCAAGCGAACGUCUAAACGCAUUUAGAAACGUUGGAAGAUUGAUUGGUUUAUGUCUGUUGCAAAACGAGUUGUUCCCGUUAUUCUUGCAGAGACAUGUGCUGAAGUACAUCUUGAGCCGACAGGUUCGAUUCCACGAUCUAGCCUUUUUCGAUCCCGUAGUAUACGACUCGCUACGACAGCUUGUAAAAGAUUCACAAACAAAAAGCGGAAUAACGAUUUUACAAAGCAUGGAACUGAAUUUUGUAAUUGAUUUGAUCCCAGAAGAAGGUUCCGGUACGGUGGAGCUAGUUUCUGGAGGUAGAGACAUUCAAGUGAAUGAAACGAAUGUUUUCGAUUAUGUGCGUAAAUAUGCCGAAUAUCGGAUGGUGAAAACUCAGGAAAAAGCAUUGGACGCAAUGCGCUCCGGAGUGUUUGACGUGCUGCCGGAUACGGCUCUCGAUCAGUUGACAGCAGAGGAUCUACGCUUGCUGUUGAAUGGUGUUGGCGAUAUUCAUGUGGGCACGCUUAUUUCAUACACUUCUUUUAACGAUGAAUCUAAUGAAAGCAGUGAUAAACUGUUGAAGUUCAAACGAUGGCUUUGGAGUGUGGUGGAAAAAAUGAGUAACCUAGAGCGGCAAGAUUUGGUUUACUUCUGGACCGGAUCACCAGCCUUGCCGGCAUCGGAAGAAGGUUUCCAACCUAUGCCAUCUGUAACGAUUCGUCCAGCAGAUGACGCCCAUCUUCCUACGGCAAACACUUGCAUCUCACGGCUGUACAUCCCAUUGUAUUCUAGCAAAGCUGUUCUUCGGCAUAAGCUUUUGCUGGCCAUUAAAACGAAAAACUUCGGAUUCGUUUAAAAGAGAAGAACGGCAUUCAUCCGAGAAUACGUCAAAACCAGACCAGUGAUUCAAUGCAAACAAAGUAAACACAAGAAGUAUGCACACAAUGGAUUCAAUUUUUUUUGAUGAAUAUUCAUUCCGCUCUUUGUGUAUGUAUAUAAUUAGUUUAUCAGAGUUUGGCAUUAAAAUCCUUCAUGAAUUUUAAAUGCAAUUGAUUCUAAAUUUUCGAAUAAAGUGUUUUCGAAUCUGGUGGCAGUACACGAACGACACACUUUCGAUAUUCGGCAGUAUGAUGAUGAAACGUUAAAAGCAAAAUAAGAAAUGAAAGAAUAAAUUUGUGUGAAAGAAGAAAGUACACAAGCAAAACAAAAAUCAGAUAUGCAGCGGUUCCCACGGUUUGCUCUUUCCAAUCGGACAAGAAACCAUUGGUUCUAGCGUUUGAAUGUGAUGAUAUCAUUUAUAUAUCCCAUAUAAAUGCAACUUUAAAUAAAUUUAUAUAUAUAUUUAUCAUAUACAAGGAUAAAGCGAUCGUAAUACUAGGAUAUAGAAAGCAAAGCAGUGGAAACAACUACAGAAACCGACGAUAAAAAAAAUUAACUACACGAAACAGUUAGAUAGCAUUAGAAGAGGUAAACAGUUCUAAAACUGAGGAGGGCGUGUCGAAAUUUUAUUCAUCCCAUAAUUACGUGGACCGAUUUUCUAAACUCAAAAGGGUAGUUCAAUCUUCAACGCAGCAUAAGAAUUGGAUUGAUUGGUCAUCGGUGGUUCAAAUCGAAUGCGUAAUGCAGACAACAACGGUCAUUAGGAUAAUUCAUUAAUAUUUUAGUUGCUGUGGAUUAGCACGAAUUUCGUUAUUAUUAUUUUUUUCUUCAAUCCGUUUUGUUGUACUGCUCUUGUUUCUAAUAAGUAAUUUAUGUUUCAAUUUUCAAAGUUUCCUCUUGUUUUGUUUUGAAUUAAAGUUAGCAUAAAUCAAAUUCUAUUGAGCUCAAUUUUAGUAUUUAAAACAAUUGAAAACAAACUACACACAAUCGAGCAGGAAACAUAUUUGUAUUAACGGUCCAUGAUAUUUGAACUAAUUCAGCCUUUACUAUAAAUAAUUCUAUAAAACGCGCUGGAGUAAACUGAACUAUUCAUUUGUAAUUUCAAGGAAAUAAAUUCUACUUACAUGUAAAAGUAAA